AUGGAAAGUACCUGUCUUUCUGUCCAUCAGACUGCGCGUCUCUGUUUUAUAAUGGCGUUCGUCGUUCUGGGGUUUACACCAUUGUAAUGUCUUCAGGCAGCACCCUGCCUGUCUACUGUGACAUGGAGACCGAGGGUGGGGGCUGGACGAUGUUUCAGCGGCGGCACGAUGGUUCUGUGAGUUUUAAUCGCGGUUGGUCGGAGUACCACGAGGGUUUUGGUGAGCUGCGAGGAGAACACUGGCUGGGCAACCAACACCUCUACCUGCUGUCCAACCAGGGCUCCUACAGCCUCCGCAUCGACAUGCAGGACUGGGGCCACACCCACAAACACGCCCUGUACCACACCUUCAGGAUAGAGGAUGAGGAGAACCACUACCGCCUCCACGUGUCUGGUUUCAGCGGGACAGUGGAGGAUUCGUUUGGUUGGUAUCACGACCAGCAGGGUUUCAGCACUCCAGACACGGGCAACAUCUGUGCCGAGAUCAGCCAUGCCGGCUGGUGGUUCCGCCAGUGUUUCUACGCCAACCUCAAUGGCGUCUACUACAAGGGGGGGCGCUACUCUCUGAAGGCCCAGAACCUGCUGGGGCCAGAUGGCAUCGUUUGGUUCUCUUGGAAGGAUUCAGACUUCUACUCUCUGAAGGCGGUGACCAUGAUGAUACGACCACGCAACUUCAGACCACGCCUGUCGCCAUAG